UUAUAAAAAGCUACUUGACUUUCCAUUAAAAAAAUAAGAUUACCCUCUGUUGAAAAGAUGAUUGAAAAAAGGCUUAUGUCAUGAAACUAUAUAUAAAUCUCAUCAAUCUUGUCAGUUUAGCACUCUCCCAUGAUCUUCUUCUUCCACCUUCUUGCUUCUUUCUUGAACUCUCUUGUCAAUUCCUUCUCUUCCAUCUUUCUUUGUUUCAAUCAACUAAAACAUCCACCAUUGGGAAUGAAUGCCUUUCCCAUCAAAUCUCAUUCUUUCAUGAUUUGUUGGAAUAACUGAAAUGGCUCUGAUCCAUCAGCUUUGUCAACUCAUGCUUCUUUUCUUCUCAGUUCUGAAUUCUGUUUUUGUACUCUGUUUGGGUGAGAAUUUGUCUGAUUCAGACACCCUUUUGAGGAUAAAGUCGGAACUUCAAGAUCCAUUUGGAGUUCUUGAAAACUGGUCUCAAGGGAAUAGUAACAACUUAUGCAACUGGACUGGGGUGGCAUGCUCAAAUGAUCAACUCCAUGUUGUGAGUUUGAAUUUGUCUGCUUCAGGACUAAUAGGUCCACUCUCCCCUGAGAUUUCAAAGCUCAAUUAUCUUGAAAUGCUGGAUUUGUCCAAGAAUUCGCUUACCGGAACAAUCCCACCUGAUCUUGGACAGCUUCCAGAUUUGAGGGAGUUGCUACUUUUCUCAAAUUUCCUAUCAGGAAAUGUUCCUGUGGAGAUUGGUCUUUUGAAGAAGUUGCAAGUUCUGAGGAUUGGAGAUAAUUUGUUGACUGGUGAGGUUAUCCACAGCAUUGGUAACGUCACAGAGCUGAGAGUUCUGGGGCUUGCUUAUUGCCAGUUCAAUGGAAGCAUACCAAAGGAAAUUGGCAAUUUGAGGAAUCUGAAGUUUCUUGAUUUGCAGCAGAACAAUCUUGAUGGUGUUAUACCAGAAGAGAUUGGUGGUUUGGCUCAGCUUCAGAACUUUGCAGCAUCAAAUAACCGACUUGGAGGUCCGAUUCCGGUCUCAAUGGGUAGCCUAGAAUCCAUUGAAAUCCUGAACUUGGCUAACAAUAGUCUUUCUGGAGCAAUUCCAGACAAGUUUGGUUCCAACCUGAAGUACUUGAACUUGCAAGGGAAUGAAUUGGAUGGCGAAAUUCCUCCGGGGAUUAACGGAUUAAGUUGGCUCGAGGUGCUCGACUUGUCAAACAACCAACUUUCUGGGAUCAUAAACCUGUCAAAUUAUCAGCUGAAAAAUCUCAAAGCUUUGGUUCUUUCUGACAAUUUUUUGACUGGCAGCAUUCCUAAAGAACUAUGCAUCCCGGGCUCAAAUUUCCAACAACUUUUUCUGGCUCGAAAUAACUUGUCUAGCAACUUCCCAAUGGAGAUAUUGGAUUGCUCAUCCCUUCAGCAGUUGGACCUUUCUGGCAACAACUUCCGCGGCGCAAUACCAUCAAGCAUCGACAAGUUAAGCAACCUUACAGAUCUUCUACUCAACAACAACACGUUUAGCGGAACUCUGCCCCUGGAAAUCGGAAACUUGAGCAACUUGGUUUCUCUGUAUCUGUUUGACAACAUGAUCACAGGACCAAUCCCAGUUGAAAUUGGAAAGCUUCAGAACUUAAGGUUUCUGUACCUAUAUGACAACCAAAUGUCAGGGAGCAUUCCAACAGAACUGACAAACUGCUCCACCUUAACUGAGAUUGAUUUCUUUGGGAAUCGUUUUAGCGGUUCGAUUCCUUCAACAAUUGGGAGGCUUAAAAAUCUGUCUUUCUUACAACUGAGGCAGAAUGAGUUGACAGGUUCAAUCCCACCAAGCUUAGGCUACUGUGAAAAGCUUCAAAAACUGGCCAUAGGGGAUAAUAAACUGUCAGGCACAAUUCCAGCAACAUUUGGUUUCCUUUCAGAGCUGAUGCUUUUAAGCCUUUACAACAAUUCAUUUGAAGGUCCACUUCCCGAAUCUCUUUCCCUUCUGAAAAAUCUCACUAUCGUUAACUUUUCGCAUAAUAGAUUCAAUGGAAGCCUUUCUCCUUUAUCUGGUUCCAAUUCUCUCACACUUCUGGACUUAACCAAUAACAGCUUCUCUGGCCUAAUUCCUCCCAGUUUAGCCCUGUCCGUUAAUCUAACCCGUCUUCGCCUUGCAAACAAUCUUCUCACUGGUAGCAUUCCCUCCCAAUUAGGCCAACUUAAGGAACUCUAUUUCAUUGAUUUAUCAUUCAACAACCUAACGGGAGAGCUUUCGCCUGAGCUCGCUGGCCUGACAAACCUCAAACACGUCCUUCUUAACAGCAACAGGUUCUCAGGAAGAAUACCUCCAUGGUUGGGGAGCAUGCAAGAGCUUGGUGAACUAGAUCUUUCAUUCAAUGAAUUCAAUGGAACAGUGCCCACAGAACUCUGCAACUGUUCAGGAUUGCUGAAACUGUCUCUCGGCAACAACGCGAUUUCAGGAAUUAUCCCACCUGAGAUUGGCAAUCUUGCAUCUCUAAAUGUCCUGAAUCUUCAAAAGAACAAUCUUUCUGGUCCAAUCCCUCCAACACUUCAGCAAUGCAAGAAGCUCUAUGAAUUGCGGCUUUCCGAGAACAAUCUGACUGGUUCCAUACCAUCCCAGAUAGGCACUUUGACUGAACUUCAAGUGAUUUUAGACCUCAGUAAAAAUUCCCUUUCAGGCGAAAUUCCACCAUCUCUUGGAAACCUUCUCAAGUUAGAAAGACUAAACCUUUCUUACAAUCACCUUGAAGGGAAAGUUCCAUCUUCACUUGGAAAGCUCUCAAGCCUUCACAGAUUGAACUUAUCCAGCAAUGAUCUUCAGGGACAAAUUCCAGGGAUUUUCUCAGGAUUUCCAGUCAGCUCCUUUUCGGGGAACGAUAAUCUCUGUGGCCAUCCAUUAGCAUCCUGUUCUGAAUCAGCUCCACAAGCGAAGAAACCGCUGUCGAAAUCCCAAGUGGUUGGAAUUAUAGUAGCAAUUGUUUUCACAUCAACAGUGAUCUGCUUGGCUCUGUUUUACAUCAUGCUGAGAAUAUGGUGCAAUUGGAGAGAGGUGUCAGUUUCUUGCUCAGAAAAUGGAAAAGGAGUUCAUCAUGAGCACAAAAAAGAAGAAGAAGAUUGGGUUUAUGGAGAAGAGAUCAAGUACACUGAGGAUUACUAUGAUAACAACACAUUUGUAUUGAUGCAUGCACAAAAGCAUCAGAUCUCUCCUUGAACUUAAUUUGCUUCCUUUUUUCUUUUUCUUUUUUUUUUUUGGAAAUUGGGCAGCUGGAAAAAAAGGAGUUCAUUAUGGAGCAAAUUUUAUCUUGUUCUUUUUAGUCUAAUUCUUUAAUUUUGUAGUUCAUUUUGUACUUUUGUACAUUGAGGGAAAUCAAAUUAUAUUAAAAUGAACUUAAUAAUUUAUUUAGUUUUGGCCUCUAAGGAGUUGUUAACAUCAUAAUUACCUCUAAGCAUUUUACGAAAACU